AGUCACUGCAAAUACGAGGUAAAGACACGUUCCACCGUGACUUCCAGGAUCCCACUUUAACGCGGCCCAAAGCGGAACGUAGAACCGGGGAGCCGUAAAAGCGGGCACUCCAACAUGGUGGUCCAUGGGGAUGGGUCACCGCCGAGAGGCUCCCAAGCCGCCGCCGCCGCCGCCGCCGCCGCCGCCACCCGCCUGCCCGUCAUCUUCAACCCGGACUUUUUUGUGGAGAAACUCCGGCACGAGAACGCCGACGUCUUCCUGGAGCUUGUGUUGAGCAACAUCACUCGCCUGAUCGACCUUCCCGGCGCCGAGUUCUCCCAGCUCCUCGGCGAGGAGGGCCCCAAGACCCCCGGGUUCUUCCGCUCGUUCAACUUCCUCAAACGCAAAGAUAAAGGUGCCAUGUUUGGGGCUGUGCUGUCAGAGAGCGCCGUGGCUCACAUAUACCGGCUCGUUGAAUUCCUCAGUAAAAAUCUGCACGUGGAGGGUCUGUUCCGGGUUCCCGGCAACAGCGUGCGGCAGCAGGCCCUGAAGGAGCUCCUGACCAGCGGCGCCGACGUCGACUUGCAGUCCGCAGGCUUCCAUCCCAACGACGCCGCCACGCUGCUCAAGACCUUCCUGGGGGAGUUGCCUGAACCCUUGCUCACGCACAGACACUUCCACGUCCACCUGCGGAUCGCCGGCAUGACGUUGCUGGAUGAGCACGGCAACAAGACGUCGGCGCCCAAUAAGGAGCGUCAGACGGAGGCCCUCCAGCUCCUCCUCCUCCUGCUGCCCCCCGCCAACCGCUCGCUGCUCAAGCUGCUGCUGGACCUCCUCUACCACACCGCAAAGCGGCAGGACGCCAACAAGAUGUCCGCCUUCAACCUGGCGCUCAUGUUCGCUCCGCACGUGCUCUGGCCGCGCCACAUGACAGCCACCGACCUGAAAGACCACCUGAAGACACUCAACAACAGCAUGGCCUUCCUCAUCAGACACUCACAGAAACUCUUCAAGGCGCCAGUGUACCUGAGGGAACAGGCCCGGACACACUUCAUGAAGACCGCCACCUUGCGCAGCAAGGACGACCUGGACCUGUUGUCAGUGAACGGCUCGCCCCGCCGGCAGGUGGCUUCUCCCCUGAAGCGGCGGGCGGCCCCGGUUGCGUUUGGGGCUGCUCCAGAUCAGUGCCCAACACCCGCUCAGCAGUACACAGAAGAGGCGCUUCAGGACCUCUUCAGGCACGUGCACCACAACAUGCCCGACUCGGCUAAGAAGAAGAAGCUGGUCCGACAGAUGGUCAAACAAACAGCUGCGGCCUCAGCCACGAGUCCGCACAAUGAUCCCAGCAAAAAGCGCCUGCGGUCGCGUUCCUUUGGAGGACUCAUCAAGCGUAAAGCUCGUGCCGGUCAGCUGACGCCGGACACGGUCGCCAGCGUAUCUCACAAAUGCGGCAAAGAGAAUGCCAUUCUGCAGCAGGUGAAAACUCCACUGAACGGUGGCAGACACUGCAGGGCGGGGCUGGUGUUGAAAAAUCCAGACUUUGACUUUAGUAGGGACAAAGCUGCAAAAGUGUCCAAGGACACGCCUUCGUCCGUGGCCAGAUUGUUCUCUCCGUCUCAGGAGAUUCUGCUCUAGAGGCCGAGCCGCUACCACGUCCUGGUCUUCGGGGAGACGUCUUGACGCUGAUGGAGUUGUAGUAGCAUUUGUAAGCGGAACCGUUCAAAAUCAAUCUAUUCUAUCCAAGAAGGGAGGACUACUAGCUAGCAUAGCAUUUGAGAUUGUACUCUUUAUGAACCGCCAUUGCCGUACGUACAGGAAGCAUUCAUAAGCCGUAAUGUUUUAUGAACUGCCGCCGCUUAACAGGUGUCUAUGGUUAUUAGCUAGCGUAGCCUAGACGGGCUUUCCCAUUGAAUGACGACUAUCGUUCAACAAAUGAAGAUUGCUGUUUUGCAUAGCACACACAAAACUGUUCUUUGAAUGAACAACUUCAACCGUACAGGAAGAUGUGACUGGUAAGUAGCUUUUCCUUUGCCGACUGUGCCGGUUAUAGGCCACCAGUGCUCUACAGGAAGAGCUGACCGCCAGCUAGCAAUGCCUAUUUAAACUACCAAUUACAAGCAACCGCUUCUGUACCUGAAGUAAGAAUCACUAGCUAUCUUCGCAUUUGUAAGAUGGAUAGUUUUAUAAACAAUCAAACUGGACGCGAUUAUCACUGGAUAGCACAGCCUUCAUCGACUGUUCCGUUGUUUACAAAUGACCACCUCUGUUCAACAAGUGAUGACCGGCCAGCUAGCGUAGCAUUCCUAAACUGUACCGUUUGUACGCCGUCGAGCUUAGCUUUCAUGGACCGAACUGCUUAUUAAUGACCACUACCAAAUGGAAAUUGAUGACCGCCAUCUUGCUUAGCCUUCAUAGACUGCAGUGUUGAUCAAUGACUGAUAGACAGCAUACAAUUCGUGGGUGAUCCUGCUUCUGAGUGGCCACAAACAUACAUGCAGCGGUGACUGCUAGCUAAGAUAGCCGUGACAGACUGACUGGGAGACUUGACUGGUAAUGAUCACUUCUAAUCAAUAUCACAUUUAAUAUUUAGUAUUUGGGAUGUGGCCAGUGUAUGACUGACACACUGCAGCCAUGUCAACCUGGCUUACAUUUCCCUGUUUACGAGAGGCAGCUACUCUAAGUCCACUUGAACCCAGUUUACAAGGACGAUGGAAGUGAUGUAUGUGUACUGUUUACAUUUAGAAUUACUAUUCUGUUACACUUUUUGAUGUGUGUUUCUCCUCAUUUGGUUAGCUAAAUGAAGGAAGUGAUGUUAGAGUUAUAGUUGUAUCAUUACCGGUGUAAUUUAGUGGUUUACUAUUGUCUACUAAUCAUUCUUCUAUUGCGGAGCAUCAUCUAUUAAGAGAGUAAGAACAAAGAAUGUACUAGUGCACAGACAAUUUAGAGCACAAGUAAACCAACUACUAUACACGAAUACAAUCAUGACAUUAAUACUGAUGCAAAGCUAUGCUAAUUGUUCUUGUUCGACUCGUGAGGACAAGAUGUGUGCUCGUAGGGUAUCGGUUAAUUUUCAAACAGCUUGUGGGUUGAGGAAAGGUGUAUGCAGGUUGUGCUAACGUGUGCGUGUGGAACGUCUAAAUGACCUUCCUUUUCACAAAUGGCUAAUUCAGCGAAAUUCAUUCAUAAACUUAAUAUUUACUUGUGAAUGUUUUUUUUUUAAACGUUGGUCUUGUUAUUGUGUAAUUUUGUAAAUGUGGAAUGUCUACGCUGUGUACGACAGUGCACUUCACGAGAGAAAGGACCGUUUAGGCAUAUGUGAUGUCGAAUGCUUGAUUAUUAUUUUUUUUGGCGGGAGGCGGGAGGGUCUUUUGUCUAGCUUCAGAGCAAAAUAACAUUCCCUUGCCAUCGUCCACAUAUGGAUUAAAAGUUUUCAUACAAA